AUGGUUGAGGGAAACUGCACCUCUGUGGCACAAUUCAUUCUCCAGGGAUUUUCAGAUGUCCCUGAGUUGAGUGCUGUCCUGUCUCUGGUGUUUCUUCUCAUUUAUGGUGUCACUGUCUUGGCCAACCUGGGCAUGACUGCCUUGAUUCAGGUCAGCUCUCAACUGCACACCCCCAUGUACUUCUUCCUCAGCCAUCUGUCCUUUGUGGAUUUCUGCUACUCCUCCAUCAUUGUGCCUAAAAUGCUGGCUAACAUCUUCAAUAAGGACAAAGCCAUAUCGUUCCAAGCAUGUAUGGUCCAGUUCUAUCUGUUUUGCACGUGUGUAGUCACCGAAGUCUUCUUGCUGGCUGUGAUGGCCUAUGACCGCUUUGUGGCCAUUUGUAAUCCACUACUCUACAUGGUCAUCAUGUCCCCAAAACUCCGCAUGGUACUGGUGUCUGGCUGCUACCUCUGUGCAUCAGUGUGUUCUCUCAUUCACUUGUGCUUAGCCCUUGAGAUCCCGGCAUUUAGUUCAAAUGUCAUCGACCACUUCUUCUGUGAUCUGCCUCCUCUCUUAAGUCUGGCUUGCUCUGAUGUCACUGUUAAUAAGGUGCUGCUGUUUGUUGUAGCCACCUUCAAUGAGAGCUUUAGUAUUGUGAUUAUCUUCACCUCCUACUUGUUUAUUCUCAUCACCAUCCUAAGAAUGCGCUCUGCAGAGGGGAGACGUAAAGCCUUCUCUACCUGUGCCUCCCAUCUCACAGCCAUCACCAUCUUCCAUGGAACAAUUCUUUCCAUCUAUUGUCCGUCCACUUCAGAAAACAGUGGGGAUGCCAACAAAGUGGCCACAGUGUUCUACACUGUAGUGAUUCCUAUGCUGAAUCCCUUGAUCUACAGCCUGCGAAACAAGGACGUGAAAGGUGCUCUCAGAAAAGUUGUAAACUCUAAGAUAUAUUCCUAA